AUGACUUCCAUUAGCCUAAACCUAAUCAUAGCCUUCUCACUAGCACUAGCAGGAGUACUGAUUUAUCGAUCCCACUUAAUAUCAACACUAUUAUGCUUAGAAGGAAUGAUAUUAUCACUAUUUAUCCUAAUAGCACUCUUAAUUUCUCAUUUCCACAUACUUUCUGUAUCAAUAGCACCCCUAAUUUUACUAGUAUUCUCAGCAUGUGAAGCAGGCGUUGGCCUAGCAUUACUAGUCAAGACAUCCACCGACUACGGCAACGACUAUGUUCAAAACCUAAACCUCCUACAAUGCUAA